AUAACUGCUAAGCGUUAGGGAAAACCUGUCUUGGAUACACGUUUUGCUGCUCCGUAUCCUCCACGGGGUCUGAACUGUAGUCGAGUCGAAAGUCCGACUCGACUCGCUCUAACGCCGACGUCCAAGUUCGUGGCACUGACCAGAAGUCCAUGAGUCGCAGCCGGAACCCCGCUCCCCGGGGCCAAGGGGCAGCUCGGGCCAAACAGAUGGGGCUGCUCCUUGACCUGUCCCCAGAUGGAGGGAUGGAUGACGAUGCAAAUGAUGAAGCUCUGGAGGCAGAGCUGUUAAACCUGAUGGGGGGAGGAGGAGGUGGAGGUAGAUCCCAAGGGAAGAAAGAUCAAGGAAAAGCUCCUGUUCCCAUGGCUGAUAUCGAGAGGAUGGCAGCGCUUUGUAUGAAGGACCUGGAUGAUGAAGAAAUUGCGGAUGAAGAUUUGGAUGAUGAAGAUCUACUGGCAGAACUUAAUGACGUUUUGGAGGACAGUGAAGAACAAACUCCCUCCCCUCCUGCAGUCACUCCAGCGGCUCCUAAAGCAAGCAUCCCUUCCCAUUCUGCACCUCUUGUUGCCUCCAGUGGUGCAGGAGGAUUGGAGUCCCGCAUUUUGCAGCGCACUGAAAUGUAUAAAACAGCCAUUUCAAAUGCCAAGGCUGCGGGGGAGACCAGCAAAGUCAGACGAUAUGAUCGCGGGUUGAAGACAUUACAGUCUAUGUUAACAUCUGUAAAGAAAGGAAAACCAGUCAAUGAGGAUGAGAUGCCACCUCCUGUUGCUCUUGGUGGAAACACCAACGCUGAUUCGGAGUCUCAGUCAGACAAAGAAAGGGAAUUGCCACAGUCUGCGCAGAUGCCUCCCCCUCCAACUAAUCAAAAACCUCUGCGGGUCAUUACACCGACAGCCACUAAUACCAAGUCACUCCAUCCUACCCCCCCUCAAAGGCCUCUUGCCAUCACCCCAGAAACACCUGCAAUCUCCCCGCUGACCCCCAACCAGCCCAACACGCAGUACUCAGAGCUGAAACAGGCAGUGCUGUCCAGACAGAGGGAGUAUAAAUUGGCUGCCAUAAACAACAAAGAAAGUGGUCACAUUGACCAGGCCAAACAGCACUACGUUACCGCCAAGAAACUGAACACUCUGGUGGAGGCACUGGACAGGGGUGAACCAGUAGACCUGAGCUCACUACCACCUCCUCCUGAAGACAUAGAACAGCAUGCACCUCCACCUCCUCAGUCUUCCUCUAAACCUGCUGCCCCUCCCGCUCCAGCUGCUGCUCUACAUGCACCUGCCCAGGUGGCGUCUGCCGACCUACCUGCUCCCAGCAGUUUGGCUGAGGCCCUUCAGCAGAGGAUGAACAUUUACAAGUCAGCAGCAGAGGGAGCCAAGAGUAAAGGAGACGAUCGUAAAGCUCGCAUGCACGAGCGUAUUGUAAAGCAAUACCAGGAUGCCAUCAGAGCUCACAAAGCUGGACGGCCCAUCAACUUGUCUGACCUACCUGUUCCACCAGGCUGUCCACCGCUUCAGGGCUCAGAGGGAGGCCAGCAGAACUUAAUGGGGGUUCUGGAAACGGCUAUGAAGAUAGCUAAUCAGGAUGCAGACGCAGAAGAUGAGGAAGAGGAUGGUCCAACAGAGGCUGCAAAGGCUGCAGUUCGUCCUCCUGUCCAAAAAGCAAAAUCUCCAGCUCCUCAGCCCCCUGGAGGCUCCACAGCUCCCAAACUGGGACCCAAGGCCCAGCAGCAAGUGGACUUCCUGUUGCUUAGGCGACAAGCAUUUUUGCGUGCAGCGCUGCAUUCUAAAAAUAUGAAGGACAUGUCAGGAGCAGCGCAGCACCUCCGAAAUGCCAAGGGACUGGACCCUAUGAUCAACGCUGCCAAGUCUGGCCUUCCUGUUGAUAUCACCAAGAUUCCCAGCUUUCCUGUAAGCGAGGAUGAUUAUUCCCUGGCUCGCUCACGGACCUCCCCUCUCUCUCCUCGUUCCAGUGAGCAGUAUCACGGCCUCAUGGACCUUUUAAAAAAGCAGCAUGAGAAAUGUAUAACUUGCUCACAAGAGUUCAUACGCAUGGGCAAUAUGUCUGAGGCUCUGAAGUCUGAGAAGUUAGUUGAGGAGUGUAUGCAGAACAUAGAGAUCCUGAAGAAGGCCCAUGCCAAAGGUCAGCCAGUUCCCAAGUGCCGCACAGAGGAGAGGACCAUCCACUCUGUCAAGACCUACUCCAACCUGACACUUAAUGACCUGAUGCUGUACAUCAUAAGAGGCAUCAGUCUACCAGCCCCCUCAGGUGUCUCGCCUAACGAUCUAGAUGCCAGUGUGAAGUUUGAGUUUCCUUUCCCCAGCGCUGAAGAGGCUCAAAGAGACAAAACCAGCACAGUAAAGGGCACAAACAGUCCAGACUUUAAAGAGCAGUUCAAACUUAACAUCAACCGCAACCACCGAGGUUUUAAGCGUGUUAUACAGUCCAAAGGGAUCAAGUUUGAAGUCAUCCACAAGGGAGGCCUGUUUAAAACGGACAAAGUGGUGGGCACAGCUCACCUGAAGCUGGAAGGUCUAGAAAACCACUGUGAUAUUAGAGAGAUCAUAGAGGUGAUGGAUGGACGCAAGGCCACAGGCGGAAAGUUGGAAGUGAGAGUUAAGCUCAGAGAGCCUGUAUCAGGAGCUGAUAUUCAGCCGGUGACAGAGAAGUGGCUGGUUCUCGAGCCAGUUUUAGUUUCUCCCCCAGAGAGACAGAAGGAAAAGGCUCCUUCACCUCGAUCCAAACCCAGACAUGAAGAGAGCAGCAGGAGCAGUCACCCCAACAAUUCCCCACCACAGUACAAACUCCACAGCUUCAGUCUCCUCAACUAUGACAAGGAGCGGCUGGAGAGAAAGAUUGCAGAGUACCGAAAGAACCGGCGGGAUCCACCAUCUGACCUCAUCCAUCAAUACAAAGAAGUCACACACAGGCUGCAGUGGCAAAAAGCAGAGCUAGAGCGAGGCUCCCCUGCUCUGCUGACAGAGUAUGAACAUGUGCUGCAGCGCUUUACCCAAGGACUUUCUGAGUCUGUGAAGAAGUAUUCCAGCCAAGGCAACAGAGAAGCUGCCAAGGAUGCACUGGGCAGGUUGAAGAUGGUAGAGGGUGAGCUGGAAUCACUGAGAAGGAAACGUACUGGAUGAAGGAGGGAAUAACAGAUGGAACGAAGCAGAGACUUGGCAAACGUACUGUUAUUUCAUCUCUCCCUGGUUCAUACACUCGUAUACAAACACUACAGUUAGUACUUUUAACACAGAUAUGAAUGAUCUGUACCGUCAAGAAAAUAACACAGAAAUCAAAGCGCUAUGGGAGAACCAGGCUUAUUUGCACUCGUUUAAGAAAGACACUACAGAGAAUAGAUUGUAACGUUCAACUUUACAGAUUCCACUUGUUUAUCUUUUUUUUUUUUUUUUUUUAUUCCAUCUUUCCUUUAAUUUGUAAGUGAAAGAUAAGCUAGAAGACCUUUUACACCAGGUCUGUUUGGGUCCAAUGAUCACCAAAUAUGUGUGUGUUCUGAAGUGUGUUUAACCCAUGGACUUAGGUGUUUUUAACCCUUUCCCCCAUAUUUUAUGUGUGUAAUGAGCUUAAUGUAAUCUGUCUGCUCCAGUGUUUCCAGAUUACAGUAAUCUGCUCCGUUUGGAGUGGUGUGAUAUGGGAAUAAAAAAGCAGAAAAAAACGGGACUUCGGGGCGCUGCAGCCUACAUCCCAUAAUGAGGGAUUAGUGUUUAUGUCACCAAGGAGACGACGAGAUCAGACGUAGAGUCGCCUUUGGGGCUGGGGAGAGGGGGUGUUAACAGCGUGCCAUGAAUGUGGAAGGAGCUUAGCCCUGCCAGAGGAUUGCCUCCUCUUCUUCAUCAGCUGCUGCGUCUUUGUUGUCAGCUUCGUCUUCUAGCUUCACACUAAUUCCUUGGCGUCUAUUCAGAGAUUUUUCAGACAACCAGCAAUACGUUGGCUCCUUUUGUAUCUUCUUUAAACUCUUUAACCAUAUUAGGCCCUCUUUGCUGUCAAUUAGAGAACAAUUAGCAUCUGCUGUGCUCGUUUCCUGCUAUUGUUCAUGAAUGUUGAGGUGUGCUGCUGAGGGGGGAAGAAAACACGGGUUCUGUCCCACUGAGCACCACCGUAGAAGAUAAAUACACAUGGGCAGAUGAGCCAAUAUGUGUCAGUGAGGCUGGGUGAUGGUGUAUCUCUAUUUCUCGUCCACCGAGGGCAUCCCUGUCUUCAGGGUCCUCAUGCUUCCUCUCUACUUUACUUAUUGUGGCUGUAAUCAUGAUGCUCAUUUAAAUAUAGAUUUUAGAUGUACUCACUUGUAUAGAUUUAUUGUUUACCUAAACCACAAGAUGCACAAAAGCAGGAAGUGUGUCAGUUUGCUGCCACGUGUUCUCUGCUCUGUUGAAAACUGUGGACAGAUGCCUCCUCUGGAACCUGCAAACCUGCCGGUAGAUUAUGUGGAACCAUGUUGAUGCACGCGGCCACGAUGUGACCGUCUACCUGUGUGUUUGGCUAAUGAACUCCUAGUUAGACAACCACAAUCAUGACUCUCCACUUUGACAUGGGACUUCAAAACUAUUCUAACAUCCCUUCCUCCCAACUUUUUUAAAUCAACAGAAAACAUGUUCUGACUCUAAUGUGGUCAUACCAAUGUGGAUUCAUGGUUAAUGACCUUGACUGCUUGUGAUGUUAAUUUAAACACUUGUGCAGCGCGGCUGCAGAUGUUGCAUGUUAGGUCUCCACUCUUUCAGGCAGCCAUAGAAUUCCAUUAAUUUCCACAUGAUACCAAAAUCACUUAGCAGACUAACUUGACUUUGAGCCAGACAUUUGGCUCUUUGAGUUGUGUAAUCCAUCACGUCCAUAAUCCAUCAAGUCUACAUUAAUGUUUUCCAGUGAUGCAUUAGGUAGCCGAGCAGUUUAAAAGCAGAUUUAUUUGAGGCUUUGCAUCAAUGAUAAAUAUUAUGAUAAUGUUACUGACAAAAAUGAAUGUGGACUCCAUGGACUACACAAUUCAAGAACAUUUCAAGGAUCUACUAAUUGGUUCUCAUGCUGCACUGGAAUGAAGAGAAACAAAAGCUUGCCUGCAGCUAAAGCUAAUAAUUACUUCCAUAAAUCGAUAAUUGUAUUCAUCUUGUGUUCUGAAAUGUUUGUUUUUGAUAGAAAAGUUGUGAUAUUGUAGCCAAUGUUUAAAUCUACCACAGCUGUCUAUGGCACAGCACUAUGGUUAAGUUGCACCAGCUUUUAUGUAAAGCUUAUGUGAUUCAGGCUAAAACAUGCAAAUCCACUGGUAUUCUUGGUCACGUUAAAUGUGGCUCUGAUUCAGUGAAUGAGACAGCGUAGCUCCAGGCUGACCCUUUAACUCCAUUUUACCCCAAACACACACACACUCACACCACAUCACCCCUCUCCUCAACUAACCUCAUGGCCUCUGAGGCCACACUGUUGUUAUGGCAACAAGCUCAUCAGCAUUCAGUGUGAUUGUAUGAUGGUCAGGACGUAUUGUUAAAGUUUGUCCUGCUGGUUGCUGACUGCCUUCCCUCCUAAGAGUCAACACUACUCAGCCCGUGUUUCAGUCUGUGUCUCUGCUUCAUGUCCUAUUCUGUAAUAUGUCUACACUCCAUUUAAAGAAAAAAAAGUUUGGUGGAUUGUUUAGCAUUUUUGUCUUAAUCAGCUUCAGGAAACAUAUUCAUCUGGUCUUGCGGGAUUUUUUUAAAAUCUGUGAACUGGUGGAAGGGCAAUCAAUCUAAGUGUAAUAUUUAUGUACAGUAAAUAUACAGCGGGAUAUGCUCUGUCUCUAUUUUUUAGUGUAAGUCAUGCUGGUUUUUGUGCAGCUCAAACUUCGAUUGUAUGAAGGCCUGAUUGUUUAGGCGUUAUCAGCUAAUGUAUGAGGUUUAAUUAAAAUGGCCAAACAACUUGA